GGUCACAAGCCACGUGAAAAGAAAUGGAGAGGUUUGCUUGCUCCUCAAUUUAUUUGUAGUCAGGGCACUAUCCUCCAGCACAAAGAGGGACGACCCAGAAAAAGAUGUCGUUGUUACCUCCGAAGUUAUUCCUGGGGCUGCUUACUGGCAUCUUUCUUGCCUACAAAGUCAAGAUCGACUUGGUGGAUCGUCUUGGUUACUUCAAGUACGUGGAGUUUUUCGAAGACCGCUUUCAACCUCUACGACUGCAAUAUGCAUCUUCUAGUGGAUCAAGUGGAGCUGUGCGAGAGGGAGAGCAGGAAGAAGCCGCCAGUAGGAAUGUGGAUGCACCACUUACUAAGACCGGGUCAUGCAGUGUGACGAAAAUCAAAGGUUUAUCAUUACCUUCUUCCUCGGACACUGACUCAGAGUCCCAUACUGAGAACGACGAGCUGCAGUCGACUUUGCCCUUUGAAGAUUUCACUGCCUAUGAUGAAGAAAACGGCUUGUACUUCGCCGCUAGUGGAGACGUAUGGACGUACAUGACGCAGGGAUUGAAGGCAGAAGGGGAAACAGAUAGCGCUUCUACAACAUCGUCCAACAGGAAUCUUCAUCCGGGGAUCUACUUAAUAGACAUUCCAAAUGGAGAGGCGAAAAAGUUGGAAAUUACAUCUUCACCCGGAGGACAAGAUUCUGAUUCAUCAGAUUCGAAAUUUCCAGGAGUUCUGCCUGCGACUAGUGCUCUCCAUGGCAUGUUUUAUAGUGCUGCGACGAGGAAACUAUACGUCGUUCACCAUUCGAAGAAAGACACUGCAGUGGAGAUCGUUGAAGUACAAUUUCAUCAGGGGGAUGAAAUGACAGGUUCACUAUCGGGUGUUUCUUCCUUACGGCAUCUGGAGACCGUGCGAUCUCCUGAGUUUAAGUUACGGCUUGUGAUGAGGAAAACGAUUCUUGUCCUACAGAAAAUGCCGCCCUGGUUGUUCCAGUAUCUGAGCAAUUCCACAAGUUGCAGGAGUCACUGCCUUUGUGCUGAUUUCUUCCAUAUCAUGAGCCACCAAUCUUGUUCUAACCAAACGUGGCGGAUUGAAUGAUAUUGUGGAAGGCGCUAUAGAUGGAUCCACCUUUUUCGUAAGCGAAUGGCAACCAGCAGAUGUGCCAGAAAAUGGGCUGCAAUCAAAUCCAGCACUACAACGCGCCUUGAAAUUCGCAAAGGCUGCAGCUCAUUCGAAAAUAUGAUGAAAGCAGUAGAUGUAGUCGGCUUUGGCUAAGAUGAAGCUAAGGGGCUUCAUUCGAUGGUGAAUGUAUCUGUCUAAUCUUCCAAACACGUCUAACGUUCCAAACACGUCUGAUACGUUGUUCGAAGACGGCCUCGUCAAGUGGGAGCUCUCAAUUAACGAACGACUCUGUUUCUGAAGAACAAGGGAUUUCAACUUGGACAUGCGAAUCCGCCACAAGCGACCGCUUUGAAGCAGCUAAUGGGCUUGCGGUGACGGCAGACCGCAAGUUCUUAUUCCUCUCUGACCCUCCAGCACAAGUGGUGUAUGUCUACAAGCUGCGGACAGACGUCGAGAAAGGCACAACUCUGGAGCUCGUCCACUCGUUCACGCCCAUCCAUUUAGUCGAUAAUAUGGCAGUUAUUACUGGUAGUAGUAAGCGCACAAGAACAAGACCUUCUGCAACUUCUGUGGAAUCUACUCAAUCUUCUGCCAGUACGUCAUCAACGUCUUCUGAUAGUAGCGUUGUAGCACUACACGGCGGCAGCAUCCCUCUACCUCACGUUUCGCAAACAGUCUGUGACAACGGGCUCGCUCUCGAAUCGUCUCGCAUCGCAUGCGGACGAUGUCCCGGUGGCUUACUAGAGAUGAAGUUUAGAGGCUUGUAUGACUCGGACAACUCACCAGGUCGUGGAACUACUGCAGGAGGUGACCCUUCACCAGGACGAUCUUCAGGACAGGCUUCAGGAGGUGGAGGGCAACAAGAUGAAGCUCAUCAACAAAAAGAUAAAGCAAAAGAUGUACAAGUAGUCCAACAACAGCAAGAAAUCCAAGUCGAGCAAACCGAUGUCCUGGUUCAUGACGGGUCGCUUUUUUCGGACGUCUCGCAGGCAGUGAUGUGGAAAAAUGCUUCUUUGUCCACGCGAGUGCUCAUGGGCAGUCCCUAUUCGAGAGGGGUUCUUGUCUGUGAGUACUGAGUAUUUUUAUGUAUCAAGUAUCAAGUAUUACUUAUAAGCAUUUAUUCCAUGCAUUCACCACAGUCAGCUUUUCAGUCUCAAAGACGCGUGUAAUUUUUUUCAAAAUAUUCAAAAGGUCCUUUGUCAUUAAGUGAUCAUCGCAAGGUCCACUGUCAUUAAGUGUACCACAACAUCAUGUCUGAGAAAAAGGAUUCUGCCAAAGGUCAAUUCAAAUUGUGCAGCAUUCAUGAUCUAGGAUCAGCAUCUUGAUAAGUAGACUUAAAAAUAAGACCAU